AUGGCGAUUUCGGACCCUCAAGAAGUCCCCGGGGAGAAGCACGAGGCGCCGCAUGCCGCCGACCUUCAGUCCUCGCUCCGCCGCAGGCUGGCCGCCGCCGUGGUCUCGGCUUCAUCUUCCGUGGCUGAUUCUUCGUCAAAGGCAUACGUGCGGGAGGCCGAGACUUCGAGCGCGUGUUCCGGGGACGAAUCAUGUACUGAAACGAGUGCCGAGGGUGUAACAAGGGAUCAGAUCGCGGAUGCAGCCAGGGAUCGGGAAGACAAGAAGGAGAGCUCUCUGGCUGCGCACAGCGGUAAUUAUGCCGAAAGAGCAGGGGAUCAAGAGGACGAGGAGAGGGAAAGCGGAGGGGAAGUCCACAUGAGAUACAUGUACCCUACAUCAGCUCCAGCUCACCGGAGAGUGAAGGAGAGCCCCCUUAGUUCUGAUGCCAUAUUUAGGCAGGUUAGUAUAUAACUGCUUCUUGAGCAUGGCAAGUCGUUGAUCCCUAUUAUCUCUGAUCGGCUCCUGAGCUCUGGCCUUCUGACCAAAUGAUUCUUUUCGCACAGAUUUACGUGUAGUUUUUUAUUCUAUUUUUUUGUUCUGUUGCUACACUGCUGGAGUCUAUUUUCUUUCCUUUUUCUUUACGAUUCAAAGGACACUUUCUACAUGUCAUCAAUUAUUAUCUAUCUGAAUUCUGUUAAUCCUCGAAAUGAUGCUCAUAAGAACUUGAUCAAUGGGAUUCGCGGAGAACAUCGCGCCACCAUACGAGCAUGGUAUAUAUGAUAAAUAUUAGAUCCAAACUGAGAAGUGAUUCCGUCCUCCGUAUACGGCUCCGUAUAGGUUGCACCCCCUUCCUGUGGAAGAAAGAGUUGCGAGUAUCUCCCAUUGAUUGCUUGCCACUGAAGAAUCGAUGUUUAUUCCAUGUGAUGGAGGACAGAAUUUCUUGCUUACUUAGAAAUCGUGUAGCAUGUGGGAUUUUAGAGAGUGAUAAAGGGAGAAGCGGACACUACUAGACAGAGAAAGGAAUAGAAAAAAGUAGAAAAAAUGCAAGGUUUCAGUACCGAAACGUCCUGUGGCGCAAGAGACUGUAGAAGGUAGAAGGGUAAUGUAUUACAAAUGAUGGGGAGAGGUCUAUAAUUGGAGAUCUAUAAAAAGACGAGGAACAUGGAAGACUCAAGAGACUGGGUUUUUCUUGGGGCUUACGGGAGGAUCUGUUAUACUCGAGUCAAAAAUUUGAUAUCAACUGCAUGGUUCUAUGCAGUGUCGUUUCAGGAAUUAUCACUCUGCAAUAUUUUUUAUGAGCACUUUCUUCCUGCUGUCAUUUUGGCAUUAGAUCUAGGAUAAGACUAACUCAAGGAUACAUAUCGUUCAUUCACAUAUUCUAUUUAAUAGCCCCUGUGUGUGCUCUGUGACUUAUUUUUCAUAUGGAUUUCUGGCAGAGCCAUGCGGGCUUGUUCAACCUUUGCAUUGUAGUACUUGUUGCAGUGAACAGCAGGCUUAUUAUUGAGAACAUAAUGAAGGUUUGCCUUUUCUUCUUUCAUUUAUUUUGACUAAAACUAUUUUUUAACUCUCCUUUCAUGUUUUGAUUUAUAUCAUAAACCUUCUUUCAUUCCUGUUUGCAGUAUGGUUUGUUAAUUAGAUCUGGAUUUUGGUUCAGUUCGAGAUCAUUAAGUGACUGGCCACUUCUUAUGUGUUGGUGAGGUUUCUUGAACAUUUACCUGUUUUCAUCUUAAGCUUACCUCUGACCAAAAGGCUGUAUUCAUACUUUAUCCCCUUGUAAACUUCAGUUUCACAUUUCCAUUGUUCCCUCUGGGUUCUUUUUUCGUGGAAAAGUUGGCGUGGAACAAGUGCAUUUCUAAACCUGUAAGUACGUUCAUCAUAUAACCGCCAACAAUCGUCUCCUGUGAUUUAAUACAGUCGAGCUUGUUUCUGUAUCUAAUAUCUCUUUGGAAGCCACCUGCAUAAUCUUUACAUGCGUGGCUAUAGUAAUUAAUGUAUUUUUCCGAUCAUUGUAUUUAUUGAUAUUCUUCUAAAUAUCAGACGGUGUUCCCAGACUAGCUGCUGAACUCGUGCAAUUUCUCUAGUCGGUGUUCCCAGGCUAUUCUUCUAUCAGUGAUUCUUGGUAAUCCUUUAGUUGCGAAGGAAGUAUUCUUGGUAAGUUGGUUGCCUACUACUUCAGCUGCUAUGUACUGCAACUCGACCCAGUCUGGUAGAGUAGCCUUAGAUCGACGCGGAUGAGUCUGUCAUAGGUGGUAAAAUACUUGCGGAUUCUAGAAUAAAACUAUUUCAAUUGACCCCCUGCCCAGAACAGCAACAAUGGUGAAUCAUUCCUAAUUAGUUUAGCAUUUUGAUGGUCAAAUGGGCAUUUGGUUCAACAAUUCCAUUUAUAAGGAGUAAUAGGGGAGCCAUUACUUCUUAUAAAUGGAUUGGAGUCAGAAAUCGCUUAAGCCAAACACGCAAGGAAACCAAUAAAUUAGGUCUAUUCAGGCGACCAAAAAAUAGUCUUUCAUUGUAGCCUUCAAUUGUUGAGAAAUUGGUCAAUGUCUGAGGAAGGAUUGACGUGACAGGGUGAAAGGAACUAAGCAAAGUUUGAAUUUAUUAAUGCUGAUUGAGGUUGGCGAGCCUGAAUCUUCGAUGGGACCAAUUUGUCCAUUACCCGUACUGUACCCUUCAAUGGAUCAUUUCUCUUUCGUUCUUUUAGCACUUUACCCAUAGAUCGAGAAUCACAAUCAUGACAGAAAAACUGUGAACACCUGGAUUCUAGUUCCUGUGGCUUCCAGGAGUCUCACGAAGAGCGAAAGUGAAAUGGAUAAGCACUUUUUGCUCAGUAUCUUUUUCUCUAUUUUUUUUUCCUAUCUCUUAUGCUUAAUUUCUAUUUUGACUCUUCAUUACGGCUGACAAUGGUUACCUCACAUCUCUGGUAGUUGGUGAUCUCACUCCAUGUACUCAUCACUACGGCUUCUAUCCUUUGGCCUGUUUUCGUGAUUCUCAGGUGAGCACUUCCUCUGUUUUCUUUAUUUAUGAAUGAUAUUGAUAUCAGCAUUCACCCUUCCAUCUUGAGUUGGCUGAUAACGUCUGAACGCAAGUGAAGUUAUUUUAUGCUUAUAUUGAAUUGACUGAUCCUCAACUAUUUUUAACCACAUGAAUAUUAAUUACUUAUAUAACGGGAUUCCUUUGGUCUGUAAGUCAAUAUUUAAUUGUUUUUUUGACGUAAUGUAUAGAGUGGGGAAGUUUCAGUUGUGGCAUCCAUCCUUUAUGCUUGACAUAAUGCAUCGUUGUUCGAUCUCUCUGAUGGAACCUAAAUGUGGAAUAUACUGUUCCAUAUUGUUGUUGUUGUCGUCAUUGUGUGUGUGUGUGUGUGUCUAUGCGUGUGUGAUGAUAUCAAUUGCGGUAUUAUCUUGGCAGUCUUGUUCUCUUCAGGUAAGUUAUUCUUCCAUGGGUCCAUCAAUUAUGAAACUUCCAAGACAAAAACCCAAAAAAUGAAUGGAAACCUUCAAAACCUGAGAAACCAUGGCGAUAUCUGGCUUUCCGGUCAUGAUUUGCAUGUGGCUGUGAUAAAUUCACAGACAACGGUGCAAAUGCUCACAUACUUCUUGAUUGUGCGACAUAAAUGCUAGAUUGAGGUGGACUUUGUCAGUGAACUUAGUUAUGAUGGAGAAUGUUUUCAAGACGAGAAGUUUCUUGGAAUCUACAAAAUAAUUUGUAACAAAAGUGUUCGUAAAUGGUUCGGUAUUUGUCUGAUUUUCAUUAAUAGAAGUUUAGUUAGGUGUUUUCUGGAGAGAUAAAUGAUGCUUCUAUAUGUCAUGAUGCUUUGUCUGAUGCAAAAGAGACAAAUUAUCUGUUGUACUUGUCCAUUUCUUCAGCCAAACCAUAUAUAAUGUGUUUUCUUGAUGUUGCAGAUGUGAUUCUUCUGUUCUAUCCGGGUUGGCAUUGAUGCUCUUCGGAUGCAUCGUUUGGCUAAAGCUGGUGUCUUAUGUUCAUACAAACUAUGAUAUAAGGGCAUUGUCCAAUUUAGCUGAGAAGGUACAUUUAUUAUUUUCUUUAUAAUACACUAUUUUUUUUCUCAUCACGGUUGAGUCAAAUCUGUAUUCUCCAAGCUUUUAAUUUCUAGUUAAUAGUGGUCGAUUCAUUAAUAUCCUGUCUAAAUUGGUAUGUCUGAAUAUGAUAUUUAAGGUAAAUUGCGUGACCUAAUUUUUUCAUUCUGGUAUGACUUCUCGAGCCAAAACCUUAAAACCAAAUUAUAACAUACUACUCUGCUUAGCUUGGGCUUAACUCAUAGCUACCUUAUCUAAGUAUAGUCUAGUCUGAAGGUUUCUGCUCUAGAUAAUUUUCCGAGUUUUUUCUUGGGAGGGUGGGACGCAAGUUAGGGGUUCAAUUCUUAUACAGGUGAUCCAACUUGAGAAAUUUUCAUUUAAAUCUGGGAAGAUGAAGAGUUGGAAUGCCAUAAAAUCAGGAUGGGAACAAUUAUGUUUAGGAGGGCAGAAUAAAAGAAAAUCUCUUUAUGCUUCUUUAUUGGAGAAGAACUAAUCUAAUUUGCGAAGUUCACGUUUGGCAAUUUUUAGGGAUACGUCCUUUUUUGCGCUCAUCUUUGCCACUUUUAUGUAUUAGGGUGAUGCUUCUUCAAGCUCCUUGAUUCCUGAGAUUGUUCAAGGUACCAGUCUACAAAGUUUGAUCUAUUUCAUGCUGGCCCCAACUUUGUGCUAUCAGGUAGCUUUCAGAAAAUAUCAUUCUUCCAUUACAUUUUUUAUGCUCUUCCUUUCCCUAUGUGAGAAUAUGAGGCCUUUUUCAGUGUAAUCUGGUAUAAAUGCAAAUGCCUAAAGAGGAGAUUGCUCACAAACUGUUUCUCAAUUACAAAAUAUGCCACCCUGACAUGAUGACGACUCAAAAAUCCCGUACUGCUUGUGAAGAGAAAACAUUUAAUUAUUUACUGUGUUUUCUCUUAAUUAAAAUGAACCGAUAUUCUAUGUCCAUGCGCCUGGAUGCAUAAAAUUUGUUAUCGGGAGUUUCUCAUUUCUUUGAAAUCAAAGUGAUGUCAGAGUAUGUGCUAGAUUAUUAGUAGAAUACGGUACCUUUGGCCUCAUUCCUUGAAAAGGCAUGGCUUAUUUCUUGAAGAGAAAGAAAUUAUUUCUCUUACAUUUAAACGAAGUAUUCUAUGUGAUAGCUUCAUCAAGAAUUUUGUAAUGCGCAGCACCUUCUCUUUGCUGUUUUCUCUGUUUACUCCAAGUGAUCAUUUCAAUCUGCAUUUGUUUAUGCUUCUAAUCUUUGUCUUUUGAAAUGUUUUCUAGCCUACCUAUCCGCGUUCUACUUGCGUUCGAAAGGGAUGGGUGACUAGACAAGCACUCAAAUUGGUGAUUUUCACGGGGGUAAUGGGUUUCAUUGUUGAGCAGGUUAGAAUCCUCUUGGUCUGGCUUUUUUUCAUAUUUUCCCUUUAUUAGUAGUCCGAGGUUCAUUUGGUGGAAGAAUUUUGCAGUACAUUAAUCCAAUAGUCAAGAAUUCUCAGCACCCUCUGAAAGGAAACUUCUUAUAUGCUGUUGAGAGAGUUUUGAAGUUAUCAGUUCCAACUUUGUAUGUGUGGCUCUGCAUGUUCUAUUGCUUUUUCCAUCUAUGGUGAGUUACUUACUUUAGUGAAGAAAAAUGCUUAUCUUAGGUUGAUGAUCUGUCACGAAUCUUCUAUUUCAGAUUAGAUGCUUCAUGUAACUUGUUUAGUUUAUCAAUUUUUCCUUUAGAUAUGUGCAGGAUACAUGCUUUCUUUUUUAGCCAAAGAUGUGUCACUUUAUCCGUUUACAGAACUUUUCUGAUUUUUAAAUUAAAGUUGCAGUUAUACAUUGUUUGUGCUGGUCAUGUUAGUCGGAAUCAGAUCCAGAGGCAGAAUUGAGUCAUAAACCUGUCUGCCAGCCAAUUGGUCAGAUCAGCCAACUAGUUGAUAUAACUUUGGACGGCUGUUUUUUUACUCAUUCCUAGGUAAUCAGUCGACUAAGCUUCUAAAUUGGCUGAUAUGGAGGCUUUGGGUGCUUACUAGAAAAAUCAGGGUGAGUCAGGAUAACAAAAGAAUCUUUAUUUCAAAGUGAAAAAAAGAAUCGACCACUGUGGAGUGCGCUCAGGCGGUACAGUAGGUGGAGUUUCUUGGGUUAGAAAGGGUCUAGUGAGCAUAUAGGACAUUGAAAACAUUCUGUUAGAUUAUUGGGCCAUCCAGUUGAAAACUAAUUGGCAAUGAGACAAGCAGGGGUAUUGAUAUGACUACAUUAUUUUAUUUUUAUUUUUCUUUUUUGAAUGUGGGAUUAUUCUUCAGUUGCAAACCAUUUUUCCGAUUCUCUUACAAGGGUAAUACAAGGGACAAUAACUAUCGCCUCUACUACCAUUUGGGAUUAUAUUGGCACCGGACUUGAAUUAGUCCAGGUAGAUGACCUCAUGAUUUUGAGACUAUGGGACUGAAGAUAAGAAAGAAAGCAAGGGAUGCAAUGAGGAAAUUUGAGAAUGCAGUUAUGUAAUGGGGCAAGAAGACGCAUUUGGGGGCUUGGUAAGCUUAAUCAUGCCAACCAACUUUGCUGUCGUGUCAAUGUUAUGCCUUAUAAACCAGAAUCAGAGCAGAAGAGCAAGCCGAAAAGUAGGAAACGGAGAUUGUACCGUAAAUUACCGAAAUCAUCAUCUAAGACUGAUAAGUUCAUUCAAGCCGGACUGAGCUGUUUGGGCAUAUAUGUCUGCCUCUUUAGAGCAUUUUUUUCCUACAUGAUUGUCUUAACCGUCCUGCCACCAUUUAAACCCCAAGCACAAUUUGGUCCUCUUGUCUUUUUUAAUAGAUGCUUAUUUCCUUUUAUCUCCCUAUUCAGAUCUGGAACUGCGUUCUUGUUUGCAAAAUAUAUCAAUCCUUGUCAUCAUGACCUAGUUGAUCAAAGUUUGGAUGGGGAUCCCGAGAUCAAUUGAAAGUCGGUUUUAUUGCCUGAGUGUUGUCUGAACCUGCAUCAGAGUAAUUCGAACCAGCCUGAUGGCUAAGCUCAGCUGAAAUUGGUUGGUUCCUAUGGGAUGUUUCUAUUCUGUUUAGUUUCGGUCGACCUUAGAAUUCCGGGAAAUCUUGGAUCUUUCAUGAUAACCUGCAUGUCAUCUAACAAUAUACUCUUUUUCAAAUCCCCUGUAAAUUGUGAAUUUGGUCUUACUGUAUCCACGGCAUCCUACAUGCUAUGGAAGAUAAGGCAGAAAUGCCCGUGAUACUGUUAUAUAGGCACUGCACAAAGCUUACUGAUUUUAGAAAUUUCCAGUUUCUCCUCUGUGAAGGAAUGAUUCUUAGAUUUCAAGUAGGAUAAGUUGGCACAAACUCUUAGUUGAUUUCAUUUAUUCUUCUCCUCGCCGUCUGCGUCUGCUUUCUUCACUAGGUAGCUUGUAGGAAGCUGUGGACAUUUAGAUUUUAUGAGUAUAUAUUUCUAUGUAUAUAUGGUGAUCAUCAAAAGUUCUAUCCUGCGAGGAAAACGACUUCAUGCUAGAUACUAAGAUUCUAUUUACCAUGCGAACUUCAACUGCACAGAAUUUUGCACGAUCCUAAAUUUCUACCCAUCUUGUUCUUCAUAGCUUUCUUCUUGCUCGUGUUAUGAACUGUUAUACCAAUGUCACAUGUGGUAAUUUAUAUGUUGGGCUCUUGGUUUUUACCGCAAUCUGUACUAGCUGACACUGAAGGAAUUAAUACAGGUUAAAUAUACUAGCUGAGCUCUUAAGAUUUGGAGAUCGUGAAUUUUACAAAGAUUGGUGGAAUGCAAAAACAGUGGAAGAGGUAGGUGUUCAACCGGUGAUACAACUCGUGGGUUAAAUCAUUUCUUGCAUGUAAUUCUACUACUGCUUCACUGAAUAUAAUCUUUCUUUUUUUAUGUUUCUUCUGGGGCAUCUAUCUGGGGAUGACGUCAGUACUGGAGAAUGUGGAAUAUGGUACAACUCUUUAAAUUCGAUUCAUAAAGUUGUUUCUUUUAGUUUUUCUCGAAUUUUCGUCGGUUAAAGUCUGUGUUUGUUGUCAUUUUCAUCCCCUAUUUCAUUAUGGUACUUAAAUACAUGAGCUUACUCCACUCAUUACCCGUGGCUUUGAGUCGGAUAGUCUAAUUCUUCACUCUAUUCAAUGAUGUAUGGGAUAUCUCUAGAAUGAUGGCGAAAAAAUUUCAAUUCUUAUCAAAAGAUAAGGUAGCUUGAAACUAUAAUACGAAUCCUGUAAAAAGGUCGUUUAUUUGUGACUUUUGUUGUAUCACCGAUGCAAUAUUUACACACUGGGAAUAAAUAUUUAUGUGCUUUAAAUCAAUGAUUAAUCUGGAAUCCUCCCUACUGAUACGAUAGUGUGUUCUAAUACUGAAGAGUUAAUAUGGUCUCUCCCGUAAGCAAGGGCAUGGAUGUCAGACUCUUGGACUGAUUAUUGAAAGCUGCAUUUGUAGUGACCGGCUUAUUUUAAUUUUUUUUAACAUAUGCAUGAAAAUUAUAUUUUUCAUGUUCACAUUAAGUUUAUGGUAUGUCAAAAUGCCUUCAGACAUUUUUAAUGUCUGCUUGUUGUCUAUAAAUACACUUGAAUUCAUCCAUUGACACCACUUCUUUCUGAUAUAUCUGCAAACACGAAGUUCAGGUUCCUGAUGUGUAAUAAAUACGCUAGGGGCAAUUAGACAAAACAAAUCAGUAGGAAAAGGUACUCUAAAAAAAAAUACUGAGGUGAUAUCUGUAGCUGACCUGUGCGUGCACCGUUAUUCUUCACAAAUGUGUUGCCAUUUGCAUAUAAUAUAUUUUGUCUUACCCUUCGUUAAUCCGCUGUUCUUAGGGCCACUUAUGCGUUGCAUCUUGUAAUGCUGGAUUAGAAGUUGAUCAUAUCUUUGUCUCCAAAAGUUUUGAAAUCCUAUACCUUACCUGCAUUCCAAUUUAUGUUUUUAUUUUAAUGUUCAGAUCGAUUGUAAUAUGUGCACUAUCUGCAAGCCUUUUAAAUUCCUUGAACAACCUUUAGACAUAUAGUUAAUGAUGAAUGUAAUCAAUUAGACCGAUGCUGUCUUAGCUAAACAGUUUGGUAUGUUCCAUUAUUCCUAAAUUAGCGACAAAUAUUUUGUUUCUUGCAGCCUGUCCAUAAAUGGAUGAUUCGGCAUAUUUAUCUACCCUGCUUGAGGAAUGGUUUACCAAAGGUAAUCUAAGCCAUCUCACUGCAAUUUCAAAUGGACACAUUGGAGCCUAAGAUGCUCUGUUCUAGAUUUUCUGAGAAUACUUGGAGCAUUUUGACAUUAAUUUUGAGAAAAUGAUGUUGAAAUACAGGGAGCUGCCAUUGUGAUCGCGUUUCUGAUAUCUGCCAUUUUUCACGAGGUACAUAGGACAUUAACCUUCAUAGCUUUGUUGAAAUUCUCGUCUAGAGAGUCCUCUGCUUUAAUUCAGUGUCUUUCCUGAGCACGCUAAAAGAAUAUGCACCACCAUUUCACGUUCAAUUUUAAAUGAUUGUUCUUAUCUCUAGUAUGCUCUAAGAGGUUUUUAAUUCAUAUUCAGCGAUUUUCUUGUUCCUGAAUGAUGGUUCUGGUUCUGUAUCACUUGCAAGCAACACUCUGAGUUUAUGACGCUGAUACUUGUGUGUGUGUGUUUGUACAGCUAGUCAUUGGUGUCCCUUGCCACCUUUUCAAGUUUUGGGCUUUCAUUGGAAUAAUGUUUCAGGUAAAAGUUUCUGUAUGAUUUAUAGCUAUGCUUGCGAGAAACCCCCCCCCCCCCUCUCCACAUAAACCGUGUCCUGUUUACGCAAUAUGCUCCUUCAAUGAACAGAAAAUUUCGGAAGAUAAAUGGAAAAGACAGUGACAAAGUAGAAACAAGCCAUAUAUUGGAUGCCUGUCGGAAGAAGGGGUCAUGUUUGCCAUACUACUCGAGUUAAUAGAAAUUCAUUUCAUAGAAGAGCUAGAACUUUGGGCUCAUUGCAUAAGCUAACAAUCUGUAUCUCUGAGAUCAGUAGGUAAUCAGCUGCCCAGCAAUAUUGGGUUAAUUAUUUUCAUGAGACCCUUGUAUCAGGGUAGAACCAGAAGAGUAUAUGUGAAAAGUAUCUCGCUGUGGCAACUUAGUAUAAACCUUAGCUCGGAUGGAUUAUCAUUCUUGUCACAAAAACCAUGUAGAUCACCUGAAAUCUCUGAUUUCUGUUUUCUUGUUGAGAGCUCAUUUAGUCGGCCAUACGCACCAAAGGUUGGCAUCAAUGAAGCAGGGAAGUGUUUGGAUCUUUCAUCGAAUCAGAAUUUUUUUCACGACGAAGAACAGGGAACCCCGGCACGGAUCCAGCUUUCUCCUCCUCUGUGGCCAGUGUUCUUGUCUCUGUAAACACUAGAAGAUCUGCAUCCUUUCUUUGUCCCCUCCGUGCUCCUCAUGUCUGGCCUUCUCGUCUCUUUGGAGCAGGUUCCUCUGGUGAUUCUGACGAACUACCUGCAGAGGAAAUUCAAGAACAACAUGGUACGUCUCGGCCUCCUUGUCUCUCAUCCGUGGGAACAUCUGAUGAUAUCCUGUCUCAUCAUCUCCCUCUACCUCCCCCCCGUGUUGAUUAAAAAAAAAACGCAGACUAUGGGUUAUUAGUUUGCUCGUAUGGACUAAGGAUUUCGAUGUCGGUGCCAUUUCCCAGGUGGGGAACAUGAUCUUCUGGUCCUUCUUCAGCAUCUUCGGACAACCCAUGUGCGUCCUCCUCUACUACCACGACGUGAUGAACCGGAAGGUGAGAGCGAGCAACGGGUAG